UGUCCCCUGCCCCAGAGCUCACCUGUCUAUGAAGAAUAGAUGACAAGACAGGGAACAAGCUGGCCAUUGGCCCUUGGGGGACACGCUGAGAUGCGGAGAACAGGAUCCAGACGUACUACGUACUACGCGUGACUGUGGAGGUGCGCCCCACACCUCCCCGGUAUGAGUAUCGGCGAGAUGCCUCCACUACCCGAGACCAGAUACCGUGGGUCUAGAGUCUGGAGUCUGGACCUCAAGCUGGGACUGUUACUUCGUCUUUAGUGCCUUACCAGUCCUUGUUGAAGAAAUGAAUUCAUUGGCCCCUGUCCACUUCUUCUCCCAUGGAUCAACCAUGAUGCUGGGAGAACCAUCCGAGUCCGCAGACUACUGGAAGAAGGCUGGCGACCUUGCCCUGGCUCACAAGAUCAAGGGAGUCAUCAUGAUGGGUGCGCACUGGGACACCGCAGGGAACGGCAUCCAGGUUGCGACAAAUCCGAAGCCUGGCAAGUCUCCUGUUGCCUACGUCCAUCCGUCCAAGUACGAGAACUACCAGCUCAACCCGGACCUGAAGACAGCGGAGCGAUGCAUCAAGUUGCUCUCCGAUGCUGGCUUCGAGGCCUCUGGGGAUCCGACCUUUGAAUGGAUCCACGACACGUACCUGAUUCUGAUCCGCGCCUUUCCGGACGGCUGUCCACCCACCACGCUCAUCUCGAUGAAUGCGCGCUACGACCCCCACUACCACAUGCGCGUCGGCCAGGCCUUACGCUGCCUGAGAAAGGAGGGUUAUCUCAUCAUCGGCUCCGGUGGCGCCGUGCACAACCUCUACCGCAACUACUGGGCGCCCAUGGUCCACUACUCUGAUAACUUUGCGCAGGAACAGCCCCCCGAGCCCUGGGCGCUCGAGUUCCGUCAAGCCUUUGAGGACGUUGUCACGACUACCAGCGGACCUCAACUCCGCAGAGCCAUGUCGCGCUUGAUGAAGCACCCGCUGUACCGAGAUGCGCACGCCACCGAUGAUCACUUUAUGUCGGCCUUGUUUGUGGCAGGCGCUGUUGGAGACGAGGAGGACGAGGGGGUGUAUGGAAAGCUGGAGGCGGAGACGUGGGAGUUGACAAACAUGUGCAACAGCCAGUAUACGUUUGGGAGCUGGCCUAAGACGUUGGCGUCACCAGUUUAAAUUGAGAGAUUGGCAAUGUACGAUGAAAUUAGUAAGGGGUAUAGAUACUGGUCAC